AGACUAGAGAAAAUAAUUUAGAAAAUUAGUUAAGAUGAAGAAAGGUGUGUUUAUGUUUAGUGUGCGUUUGAUGUUUCUAUGUAUCUUCAUCAAUGGUUCUUUGUCAAAGCUUGAACGCUUGGAGCAUCCGGUGACGAAACCUGAUGGCUCUUUGAACAUUUUGGUCGUCGGAGAUUGGGGACGAGAAGGAGAGUUUAAUCAAUCCGUCGUUGCUCAUCAGAUGGGAAUGGUGGGAGAGCAACUAGACAUAGAUUUUGUGAUAUCAGUAGGAGACAAUUUCUAUGACGACGGUUUAAAGGGAGACAAUGAUCCUUCUUUUGAAGCCUCUUUCUCUCAUAUCUACACUCAUCCUAGUCUAAAAAAACAGUGGUAUUCUGUUUUGGGGAACCAUGAUUACAGAGGAAAUGUUUCAGCACAACUAAGUAAAGUUCUCACCCAAAAAGAUUGGAGAUGGUUUUGUCGCAGAUCUUUUGUCUUAUGCUCAGGAAUGGUGGAGUUUUUCUUCGUGGACACAAAUCCUUUUGUAGAUAAAUACUUCACAGAUCCGAAAGAUCACACCUAUGAUUGGAGCGACGUCUUACCCAGAAAUAAUUAUAUCUCAAACCUCUUAGAUGAUUUAGAUUUAGGGCUUAAAAGGUCGCGUGCCACGUGGAAAAUUAUCGUGGGACAUCACGGGAUCAAAACUGCAGGUGAUCAUGGUGUGACCCAAGAGCUCGUAGAUCAACUUCUUCCAAUUCUAGAGGAGAAUAAAGUGGACUUGUAUAUAAACGGGCAUGAUCAUUGCUUGCAGCACAUUGGUUCUGACGGUGAGAUUCAAUUUCUUACAAGUGGAGGAGGAUCAAAAGCAUGGAGAGGAAACAUUCAGCCAUGGGAUCCAAAAGAACUUAAGCUUUAUUACGACGGACAAGGUUUCAUGUCUCUUCACAUCAGCCAUUCUCAAGCUAAGUUCAUCUAUUAUGAUGUUUCCGGCAAUGUUCUUCACCAAUCUUCAUUGUCUAAAAAUUAAAAACCAUUUUAAUCUCGUUUAAAGACUAUACCUAAAAAUAAUAAAAAGAAAGAGAGCGAGAGUUAAACAUACUUUAAUUUUGGAUUGCUUAUUUACAAGAAAUUUAUCCUUUUGAUUGUUGUGUAAAAUAUG